AUGUGCAAAAACUUCAAGAUUGUCGUGAGAAAGCUACAAACUUGCUGCUUGUUCACUAGAUUCUCCAAAAGGGUAGGGCAUUGUGGUGAGUUCGAGGAAGAGGGUAAUGCGGGUGAUGCUGUGUGGAUGAUCCCAAGUGAUGUGAAGGAAGGGCAUGUCGCGGUGAUUGCUGUUAAAGGAGAGAGAGCUAAGAGGUUUAUUUUGGAGCUUGAAGAGUUGAACAAACCUGAGUUUUUGAGGCUGCUAGAGCAGGCAAGGGAGGAGUUCGGGUUCCAACUCAGAGGUCCUCUGACCAUUCCCUGCCAGCCGGAAGAAGUACAGAAGAUUCUACAGGGAUGUAGAGAGUCUUGA